CUUCUUGGUAAUCUCCUAAGUCCUAACCAUGCUAUGAAUGUAUAAAGUAUAGACUCUCUAAUCCAAAAAAAUGCAACAACUCCACCAAAGAAGAAGAAGAAGAAGCAGAGAAAACCCACCUGAGCCUUACUUCCUACUGUUUGCUUUCUCUUCACAAGUUUUUGAGAAAUGUGCAAGAAGUUGAAGCUUUUCAUUAGAAAGAUACAAACUUGCUGCUUAUUCACUGGACUCUCCAAGAGGGUUGAAGAUUGUGGUGAGUUUGAGGAAGAGAGUAAUGGUGCAACAACGGUUCCCAGUGAUGUUAAAGAAGGGCAUGUAGCAGUGAUUGCGGUUAAAGGAGAGAGAGCAAUGAGGUUUGUUUUGGAGCUUCAAGAGUUGUACAAACCUGAGUUCAGAAGACUGCUUGAACUGGCGAGAGAGGAGUUUGGGUUUCAACCUAGAGGACCUCUCACCAUUCCCUGCCAGCCGGAAGAAGUACAGAAGAUCCUACAAGAAAGUAGGAAGGGAUAGUCUUUGAUUUCGUUAUUUGUAAAGGAAUCAUUAUUUGAUUUGAGAUUCUUGUCUUACAAGAAUUAACUAUUCAUACUGUUUCUCUUAUUACAGAAACAUGUUAUGAUCACAUUUACAAAUUAUUACUUUAUGCUGGUUGUAGUUCAAUUUUCUUUUACUGGUUUUCAUAAAAGCUCGUUAUCGAGCCAUUGUUGCAGUUUCAGAGGAUGCAUUUCCUCCCUAGAU